AUGUCUAAUAAAGACUGUGUUAAAGUUGCUGUACGUGUGAGGCCUUUCAACAAGCGAGAGAAGGAUGCCGGCAGCAAAUGUAUAAUCUCCAUGAAUUCCAACACAACCACGAUAUAUGAUCCUCGCAACCCCCAGAACAAGAGGACCUUCACCUUUGAUUAUGCUUAUUGGUCACACAAUGGGUUCAAAAAGAACAAGGAUGGUCUGUUCGUCCCAGAGGAGCCAAACAGCCGAUACGCAGAUCAGGGUAGUGUGUACAUUGACCUCGGUCAAGGGAUACUGGACAAUGCUUUGCAGGGCUACAAUGCUACUUUGCUGGCAUAUGGACAGACAGGUUCAGGAAAGAGCUACUCCAUGGUGGGCUAUGGGGCUAACAAAGGCAUCGUCCCUGCCAUCUGCGAAGGCCUCUUCGAAACUGUGAGACAGAAGACGGACAGCCGACAAUGUCAGGUCUUUUUUAGCAUUUUGGAAAUCUACAAUGAACAGGUCAUCGACCUCCUGUCGAGAAGCAGGGCCCCAGGCGGGCAGAAGGUAAGGGAGGACCAGCAGCGAGGCUUCUAUGUCGAGGGACUCAGGACAGUGCCGUGCGAGAGCUACACCCAGAUAGAGCAGCUGAUGGAGCAGGGCAACCGCACCAGGACCACGGCGGCCACCAACCUGAACUCCAGCAGCAGUCGAUCACACAUGCUCAUCAUCGUCCAGCUCAAGCAGAUUUUUUCGAAGGAGAACAUCACCAAGCAGUCCAACAUUAACCUGGUGGACUUGGCCGGCAGCGAGAGGCAGAGGUCUUCAGGGUCUGAGGGAGACAGGCUGAAAGAAGGCACUGCCAUCAACCUAAGCCUGACCACGCUGGGAAACGUCAUAAGCUCCCUGGCAGACAUUGCACUGGGCAGGAAGGUGGUGCACAUACCCUACCGAGACUCCAUUCUGACCAAGCUGCUCCAGUCUGCCCUGGGGGGCAACAGCAGGACAGUCAUGAUUGCGACUCUAAGCCCUGCUGACAUGUGUUAUGAGGAAUCGCUUUCAACUUUGCGUUAUGCAGAAAGGGCAAAGAAGAUCCAGAACAAACCUGUCGUCAACGAGAGCCCCACUGAGCGGCUCGUCAAGGACCUGAAGGCUGAGAAUGCUAAGCUCCUGGUCAAACUAUCCAAACUGGGGCAGGAGGGGAGAAGAACUGAACACGAGUCAAGAGAGCUGCGGCGGCUGCUGACUCAGAACGAGCUGCAGAUCCAGGCCAUCCAGAUGCUGUGGGAGCAGCACCUGAAGGAGGCGCUGAGGGACUGGGAGCUGCAGUAUGCAGUCAUCACACAGGAAAGGCGGAUGAUGCAGAUGUUCCCUUACAUUCUAAACAUCAAUGAAGACCCUCAACUUUCAGGAGUGGUGAAACUCUUCAUCCAGAAUGGUGAAUGGGAAAUCGGUCUAGCUGACGGUUCUCCAAACACAAUCCCAAUCAAAGGUCUCGGCAUUAAAAAAAAACAUGCUACCUUUAUGAAUCAUGAUCGCACAGUUACCAUUACCCCAAGAGGAGUGGCCAAAGUGAUUGUAAAUGGAUCUUCCAUCUCUAACAAGACUGAACUUAAUCAUCUGGACCGUAUCAUACUGGGAUCCAGCAGCACCUACCUAUACAUUGGCUUCCCCUCCGAACGCAAAAACGAGGACUGGAGCCGGUUUGACUAUGACUAUUUCCAGUCAGAGCUGGCAGCGGCAGAAGGGUUUGACAUAGAAAAACUGGGUAAAGACUCAACUGACAGUAUGGGCCAUCGGAAUGGUCGACUUAACCCCAGCCUGUUAGCUGUGUUCCAUGACUACAUCAAAGUUCUGCCAAUGGUGGCAGAGGCAAACCAGAUGAGUCAGGAGUUGAACAAGGGGGUGGAGUUUAAAUUAGAAAUAAAAAAUCUGGCCAUGUCGGACUCAAAAGGCCACGACCUGGAAAAGGAGAUUGCAAUCCAAAUGACACACACAGAAACAAAGCAGGUGUGGAGGUGGUCCAAAGCAAAGUUCAUCAACCGCAAGUUCCUCAUGGAGGAGCUGUACCAGCUGCAUGCAGAAGGGGGUGCUGCCUCUGUGGCCCAGGAAAGAGAUCCCUUCUGGGACCCAGUGGACAUCCUGCACCUGGGCAGCGCCCACGUCUGGCUGCAGUCCCUCGCCUACCGCAUCCGGCUGGAGGAGCAGGUGGAGGUGCUUGGCUCAGAUGGCCGCGAGGAGGCCAUCCUUCAAAUCGACCUCUUCCCCUGCACCAGCACAGGACAGCCACUCAGUGAGGAUGAUAUAGUGAUAGAUCCCAUGGAGCUGCUGGGCAGAAGAAUUGACUUUCAGAUUCAUAUUGUACAAUGCUUUGGGGUGCAGUGGUUGAAGGAGACAAGAGAGAGGGGGAUUCAGAUUGGGUUUAGUGUAUAUGAAAAUUCACAGCCCUUUUACACUGUACCUGUUUGGCACAAUGUGAAUCCUGUGCUAGACCACAAAAUGCAGCUCACUGUCUUGAGUGUUUCACAGGACUUUCUCAAUUACCUUCAGACCAAUGCGCUGGUGCUUGAACUGUGGGGUCUUCAAGUGGGCUGCACAGAGAAGAAUUGCUCUCUGGAAAAUGUAGUCCUUACUGAGGAAGGUAGCAUUGUCAUUGGUGAUGUGAGGUCUUCAGAGAGCACUGCAGAAUUUAAUGAAAGUGAUCUAAGUAAACCGUACUCCAAACUCAUUAAGUUGGAAGAGGAGAUUCAGCACCUGAGGAUUGCCAAUGAAAGUUUAAGAAGGGAAAAUAGCACACUUAGAGACAAAUUAAACACUGCUCAAAAUAGCGAAUUCCCCAAUCGCAGACUUAGUGCCUCACAUCCUGCCUUGGUCACGAAGUCAGAGAGAAGAGGCAGUCUGAGAACAAGCUGUGAUGCUGAAUUUGCAAGAGCCCUCAAAGUCUUCUAUCAGAGUAUGAACUCUGUGAGGGGACAGCUCCAGAGACUGAGACGCCACAGGCCUGACGCUGAUCAAGACGUGCUGAAGCUGCAAAGGUUUACAGAGGAGCAGGCAAACAUGCUGAAGGACUUUUCAGAACAGUUGGAAUGCUGUGUCAACACACUGAAGCAGGAUGUGGCCGCUAUAGUGAAGAGGAAGCGUGAAAAGUCUGGGAUAUGGUGAUCGCUGAACUUUCUUACAGUUUGUAUUUAAGUGGCUCUUAGAAUACAUGAAUGCAAAUAGGUACAUCCUGCUCACUUGAUUGCUCAGCUGGUAAUCAUUUGUAUUGAUCCAAGGAUCUCAUCAAAAGAAAAGACAGAAUCAGCUUCAGCCUUCUCAAUGUGAUUGGUAAAACUUGUCUCGGACGCCAUCCAUCCUACAAUAAGUGCAAUAACACUUUUAUUUCCCUCUUCACAACUCAGAUACUUAUUGUAUUUUAGUUCAGACCAUUUCUAGCCAUUAUCACACACGCUGCAGACCUCUGCACAGAAACCAGUGCUUGGUCAAUUUACACAAAUCAUACAAAUGAUUUUUAGUAGGAAAUCAAUGGUACAGCAGUAGAAAUGUUAUAAGCCUGAUCACAUUAUUGUAAAUAGAUACCAGUCUAAAAACAAGUGCAUCAACCCUUGUCAUUUCUAUUAAUAUAAAGCAUUAAAAAACCCUCUGAGAUUUUACCAUAAGUAAAUUACUUAUACCAAAUUUCCCCCUGAUUUUGUACUUUUUAAUAAACAGAUAUAUGUAUUCUAAAGCUGGCCAUUUUUAAAGCCAUGCAAUAUACUGUAGGCAUCUCAUGUAUGUAAAUGAGAUGUUUGUCAUAGCACAUAAGAAUAAAGUGGAGGUUUAAAUGUGACAAUAGUUCAAAACUCUGAAGGUGGAUGCUGCACAUUCGUGGUGGUGGAGGGGAAUCCCCAUUACCUGUAAAACGCUUUGAGUGGAGUGUCCAGAAAAGCGCUAUAUAAGUGUAAGCAAUUAUUAUUAUUAAAAACUAUUUUUCUGACACCUCGUGCAAUGAAGAGUUCUCUAGCUCUUUCUGGGAUGGAAACAGCAUUUUUAUUUGGUUGGAAGACAACCCAAAAUCAAAAGUGCAAUACUAGGUAUAUAGCAGCAAACCUACACAUGCAGAAUCCCAAUGUAUUUAUGAGACGAAAAAUACCACUUUCAAAGCAAACAUGAUGCAGAAGUGCUUAAUACUGUCUGUUCAGUUUAGUGCUUCAGUUGUUUUUAAAAUAUACUAGCUUGUGUUCCCAUUCAGACACAAGAGAAAUACUUUUCUCCCAACAUGAACAUUGUAUUCCAAUAUUAAACCUGUUUUAAUCAUGGGAUAAGAAAAUAAUGUAAUUGAACUUUUAUUCCCAUAAAAAUAACUCUUAAAUAAUAGGUUCUGCAGGAAUUGAGCAGAGUUUCCUUUUUAAGCUGUUUGGCAUUAAUUUGGGGUUUCAAUUCUAAAACAAAAAGUACAGUAUAAUGACUCAACAUGGAGAUAGUGACCAGUAAAUACAGAUGUCCAAUAAUCCUGCUUGCCAAUUAAAGGCCUCAUAUAGACCAUAUUGACAAUGCUCAUCAAAACUUAAACGGGGAGCUAAUGCUACUGGACACUGAACAUGAAGUUUAAGGGAAAAAAAGAUAAAUAAUGAAGCUACAAAUUUGAAAUACUUUACUGCAUUGUUUCAAACAGGAAUACAAGUUAUACACAGAUGUUUGAAAUUCAUCAUUAUUCAAAUAAGCUUUCAAGCAGACUGAAGACUAAACAGCUUUUUUUAUCCAACAUAGUCAACACUUAAUAACCAUGAAACUGAAGCUCUUUUUAGCAACAGUUUUCCAUGGAGUU